UGAACAGUUACAUUUUGUGCUGACAUUGACGGUUACAAGAAAAUCCAAACAAGGACAACGUCUAGCUUAAAUUAAACAAAAAAUUGAUAAUGUAUUCAAAAGAGAAUCGGUCAUUGAUCGGCUGUGUAUAAAAUAGUGGUUAGUGUUGUGUUCAAAAAACUAAUUUCGCCACUCCGAUCUUCUAUUGAAGUGUUUAGUUCUCAAAAUGGUCGACAACAAAUUAGUAGAUAAAAUUUUAGAGCAGGGCCAAAAAUUGAGGGCUUCUAUGAUCGAAUCCAUUCUAAAACACGACCCUUUUAACACAGACAUAUUAAUCUAUAACAAACACUUCAACACUCCUCUGUCUAGUAGAACAGACAUGAGCAAGAACAUAAAAUUUAAGGAUCAUCAUAGUUCCUGCUCUGCAGCAGAUGAAAAACUAUUGGAAGCCUUUAUCAAAGGAGAAUGCAUGACCAAGGAGGAAGAACAAUUAGCUUUAGAUACACUUCGAUCUCUGUCAGCCCCAGAGUUGUGUCACACUACAGCAAGAAGCUUAAGAUCACAGAUUGAGCCUUGUCAUUGUACCACUUGCCAGAUAUAUAAUUCUUAUUUGAAAUCUGACAACAAACAUAGGCAUAAAAAUAAUCUCAAUGAUGAGACACCAAUAAUUACCUCUCACAGACCAGAGAAUCACAAUCUCCAUCUUUUAGAAUAUGUAAAUUCAUUAAAAUUGCUCAUAAAUAACCUUAAAUUAACUGAUAGAGGCAUUCAAAAGGUAUUAACAGAUUGUAAGGAUAAAAUGCCUUUAUUAAACACAAACUUUUUUGUGGAAUAUCAAAUACCAGAGCAAAUAGUGUCUAUUAAUUCUCAAAAUAAAAGUUUUUCUCAAAACCAUAUGAGGCUAUGCUCUAAACUUUGUGGUAAUUCUGUUUGUUUUAAACAUAUCUCUGUUCAUGAUAUUAAAAGUUUAGCUGUAGUUGAUCUACAACAGAUAAAUGUUGAAUUUACAAUAUGUUAUAGAUGUCCAAAACAAAAAUCAUCAUUUAUAUUAGGAUAUACAAAAUUUAAUUUUGGCACAUUCAUUGAAUCAAAAGAUCUGACAUAUCACAAGAAUUUAUCAGUAAUUUUAAAUGACAAAACUCCUAUAAUUGUUGGAACAUUGAAGCUAUCUUGUCACUUAGGCUGUGAUAGACUAUAUUUUGGCCAAGAUCUUGUAGAUGCAAUCAAAUUGAGUCAACUAGAAGAAGACACUUCUUGUAAAAGUGGCUCAAGUUCCAGUAGUUUGACAACAAAGGUAGUGAGGGUUCCACCUCUAGAACUUACUAAACCUGUCUUGAAGGAGGAGGUUCCUAAAACAGAAAAGAAAUCUGUGAGAUUAGAAAAGAGCGUUGCUCCUACUAAGGAUGUUGGUGUAGAAGUUCCAGAGAAACAAUAUUUGAAUAAAGACACACAGACUUCCAGAAGUCCAGUCAGAGAAGUUGAUUACAGAAUUAAAGAUGAUUAUGCUAAGCUGAUAAGAAAUAAUUUUGCACCACCAAUCAGUAUAGAUGAUAGUCAAGUAUUACUUGGCUUCAUCUACAUAUCUGAAGCACAAUUUUCAACAAGACCUGUCAACACAUACCUUAUUUGCCAGCUAUUUAGUGAAAAGGAGCUUUCAGCAGAGAGUCCUGUUAUAUUCAACAGCUCUUUUCCAGUAUACAACUUUUCACAGUUGGUGCCCAUACUUCUUAACAAUGAUCUGUUAUACUCUUUCCGAGAAAAUUACAUGCUGAUAGAAUUUUGGAAGCUUGAGGAAUCCAGAAGAUCUUUAAUUGGCUUAGCAAGAGUAUCACUUCAUCAGUUUUACCUGGCCUUCAGGAACUAUGUUAUUACACAGCAUCUCUUGAAGAAAGAGCUGCCUGUGAUUGGUUCAGAUGGCUUUGUAACAAUUUAUUCUCCGAACAGUGAUAAGGUCAUUGGACAAGUGGAAAUUUUGGCUGCUAUUGGUCUAGAAGAACAGAUUAACACACUGAAAUUGAAACGAGGCUUCAGUUCUGUCAAACCAAAAUUGCUGAGUUUUGCAGCAGAUAUUAGGCAAAAGUCUGAUCUUUUGUCUAGUAAAUCUGGUACUCCAAGACUUGUUGAAUCCACAGAAAAUUUGAAACAGAAAGAACCUUUAUGUUUGAAUCAAAAGUAUCAUGGAAAGGGCUUUGAUUCAAAUAAAGUGUAUCAGUCAAGCCGAAACAAAGAUAAUAGCAAUAUUCUAGAUUUCAGUGGAAGGCAACACAAAUCACCUGAGGAAUUCAAGCUUGGUAAAGUGGCUAAUAAAAAAAGUAGCACAGACGUAGGUACCCAAUCAGAAAUGGACGAAAAAAAGGACAAUGGUCCAUCAAGUCAGGACAUGUUGGGCUCAUUUUUGAACCAUCUCAUAGACCAAAGACAGAGAAAUGUCUGUGUCGAGAAUAGCACAAACACUGAACCAUUGCAUAUUGAUGUUGGUACAAGUGGUAGUAUUGAUAAUGCUAGGCAAAGAACAAAUGUGGAGCUGAGAAAGACGUCUGAUUUGUUGGAUAUGUUACAGAAUGCUUUAGCUACUGAUAAGAAGGAGAACAAAGAAAAGGAAAUAGAUACUAGUCAAGCAAAGGUUAAGGCUAAGGUGUCUAUACUUAGCGCCAAUCAUUUGCCCAGCAGGAAGAAGGCCAAACCAAGAAAAUCAAAAAACCGUUCGUCGAGAAACGAAGAUGUUUCACCAAGCUGCUAUGUCACUUUUGAAUCUCUAGUGAAUUCUGAGUUAUACACAACACCAGUUGUGUCAAAAGGCACAAGCCCUGUUUGGAACUAUACACGGGAAGUAUUCUUGUCCUCUGAUUUCCUGACGAAUGGUCAAAAAAGACUGAUUUUCAAAGUAUGGAGAAAGUCCACAAAUGCAGUAACUAGUCCAAAUAUGCAAACUGAUGUAGUAUUAGGAUUUGCAGCCGUGGAUUUGACAGUACUUUUAGCAGGAUUUCCAAACAUUCAAGGCUGGUUUAACAUUAUGGAUUUUUCUGGAAAAUGUAAUGGUCAGAUAAAUAUUCAUAUUAUGCCAUUAGAAGAUCUAUCUAAAUAUUGCUCAAAUGCAAAUGCAGCAAAGGAAACAAAAAUUAAUGAUAAUGUUCAGACUGUUCAGCCACCAGAUCAGCAAGAACCAUCUGAGUUGUUGUCUAGGGCUUUGAAGAGGAAGUUUGUUGAAUUGGAUGAAAUAACUCAAAGGUUACGUCUGAGGCUGUCAAAAGUGACAAAUGAGUCUGACAGCUCCAAUGAUGAGAUGGCAGAGGAGUUUGAGAAUGACAUCAAUGCACUGUGCAUUGAAGACGAUUUCGACACUAUCAAUUUCGAAGACGAGGCGCAAAAGAUACAAAAUACUAUACAGGCAGAGAAAAAAGUGGAAAAUUCAGGUGACACUUCAGACAAUGUGUGCAUUCCCGCUCUCAAAGGCCUUUCAGAGCGAUAAGCGAGCAUGAGGCUAUCUGUCGUUUUUUUAAUAUGCGGGACGCUUCACUCUCAUUCAUCGUUCUAAAAACGUUAAAUGUUCUCCUAAAACGCGAAAAACCCACCCAGAAUUAAUGUUGCAACACACCGGUUAUGCAAUCUUUGACUACAAAAGCUGCAUGUGCAUUGUUUAUGGGUCUGAAAUACGAGAAUUAGUACUUCGACAUCUGAAGGGAACCAUGUUGUCUGUCUUUUAACGAAAUAAUAUAAGUUUGGCCUUCAGAUGGCGAAGUAAGGCAUCCGCGCAUUCGAGAUCCAAUAACAAGCCGUAAGAAAAAAUCUGGAAGUAAAAAACUUAUGAUUGAUUAGUUGGAUUGGAGAAAAUCAAUUAGAUCUUUUCUUCGAAUUUGGAUGAUGUCAGCAUGAAAUCCACAGGAUAAGUUUCAGCUGUUACAUCUUUUGCCUUGUGUAAAACUAUUAUAUCUUCCUCAUCGUUGCAUAAUAAUAUCCUUUACAUGAAACAAUCAGGAUAUAGUAUCAGUUAGCAUUGAAAUAGAACGUGGAGGGCUAUUUGGAGUAUCCAAAUCUCUGUUUUCUAGGUGUAUCAUUAUUGAUGGAAGACGAAGACGGUAAAGGUACAUCGAACUAUUGCAAUUUAAUGAGUUGUUCAGAAAAUUCUUUAAUAAAAAGUGACAAUCCUGCUUCGAGUAUAUCACUAAGCGAGGCGGAUAAUGAUGUGACUGGAAACAGUAACUCUGAUCAGUCUAUAAACAAAGACGUUUCAGAGAGAGAACGGAAAAAACCAAAACAUACAUUAGAUCAACAGCUCCAAGAAGGAAAACAACACAUAAACUCCCUCCUCGAAAAACUUACCCUUCUCUCAUCUGGAACGCUAACCAGCAGAUACGUUUCCGGAUGUUCAACUUCUGGUACCAAUUUGGACACGGAAGCGAUGUUAGAAAAAUUGGACCAUUCUUCAAGGCCAAACAUACAGUCCUCUUUGGGCUUUGACCCAGAGAAGUUUGAACAUUUAUAUGGCGAUGUACUUAUUCCAAGUGGUCAAACAAGUAGUUCGAGUCUUAUAACGGAGAUUACUGGAAGGAGGCCAGCUCCAGAUGGGGAAGGCGGAUCCUCCAAUUCUAACUCUGUUAGUACUAGUACUUUACCAAGUAAUAAUCAGAAGUAAUACAUAAUAGUUGUACUUUUCAUAUAUUAAGCAAUAAUUUCGUGAAAUAUAUACAGCCUGUGUAUGGCAACAUUUAUUA